GCCCGUCCGGAGGAGCCCGCCAGCCCGGGACGAUGCCCCGGGGCCAGGCCUGGAGCCCGCAGGAAGUGGGCUGCCUCCUGGCGCUGAUCCGGGGCUGCGGGGCAGUGGGGCUGCUCAUGGCCUCCACGUCGCGGCCCAACGAGGCGCGGUGGCGGGAGAUCUCCCGGGGGCUGGCGGCCGCGGGCUACGGGCGCAGCGUGGCGCAGUGCCGCGCCAAGUGGAAGGCCCUCAAGCAGGCUUUCUACUCCGAGCGGGAGACCCGCCGGCAGCCCGGUGCUCGCCCGCCUCGCACACCCCCUCACUACCGCGCCAUGGAGAGGCUCUGGGAGGCCGCUGGCCGGCCCGUCUUCGGAGAGCGGCGCCUGCCAGCCCUGGCGAAGCUGCCGCCUGUCAGGCGUCGACCAUCCCUCCAGGCCCGGUCUCCAUCCGCACCAGAGCUGCCAGCUCCCCAGGAUGCAACCUCCCCGGCACAGAUGGUUCCUGCUCCUGUAGCAUACUCCCCCGGGGAGCAUCAGGCAGAAACAGCAUGGGGAGCCCAGGACCCAGCAGUACCAGUCAUUGCCGGAGACCAGGCUCCACCGGAGACCGCGGUGGAAGAUGAGCACCUGGACAGCGAGGAGGCAUCAGCUGCAGCCCUCCAAGGCCCCGGUGCGGCGCACCUGCUUCAGAGCAUGCAGCAGCUGCUGGUGCAGAUCCUGCAGACCUCGCGACGGCAGCAGGCGCUGCUGGAGAGCCUGGCCAGCGACACCGUGUCCCGCCUGCACGGCCUCUCCGACAGCCUGGCCCAGGUGGGCGAGACCCUGCAGGAGCUGCUGUUGUGGGCGCAGCCCCACCCCACGGCCCCUGGGGGCCUGCCCACCCUGCUCAACCCCGACCUCUGCCCCAGGGCCGGCUCCCAGCCCCCGCUCCUUCCCAGGGAGCCCGGUGUCCCCAGCGCCCCCCGCACCCUGCCCUACCGCAAGGAGCCCGCAGUGCCCCCCACCUCGGCCUACCCCACACCCCGCUUCACCCCACACUGAGGAGGGGGCAGGGGGUCUAGUGUGUGGGGCCACUGCAGGGGCUGGCCUAGUGAAGCCCCUGGGUCUUUGGGGCAUUUUUACUGUUUUUAAUAAAACGCAGAGGGUUUUUCACCCUGCUCAGAGCUGACUCGCUC